AUGAUAGAUAAACCUACUUUAAUUACAUUGAAUAACAAUAGUACUAAUGGUAACUUGAAAGAUAAUGAUAUCAUGAAGAAAUGUAAAAAUAAGUCUCAAACUUUAAUCCUACCCAGAUUACCAUCAUUGUCUACAUCAUCAAAAAUGUAUUUACACUCUAGACAUGCUAGUCUACCUAAUCCAAAUACUUGUAACGUUGCUGCUACCAACUGCUUUAAUAAUGAUAGCAGUACAAGUCAUCAUGGGCGUAAUGAUGUUGAUCAAGAUAUUGCUGUUAUCAUUGCUGCUCCUGGUGAUGAGAAAAAUCAUGAAGAAAAUUUAUUUCAUUCACAGAAAAGAUUAUCAUCUGAUUAUUUGUGCAAGAUACAUCGUAAUCUUAGCAAUUCGUCGGAUAGAAAAUAUUCACCGUAUUAUAAUUUAUCAAGUCCUGAGGCUUUAACUCAUCUCCAGUGCACAGGAUUGUGUACAUCUCAGACAAUAACAUCCUCAAUACCCAUUGAAUGUAAACAAAAAUGUAUGCAUUCAUCCAGUGUAUCAUGUCUUCCAAGUGAUUUUGCAUCGAAUUGCUUAUCUUUUAAUACUUCAAAACAUACUAUACUACGGGAUAAUGUAAUGCAUGAAUCACAGUGUAAUAAUUCUCAUUUUAAAGAACCUUCGAUUCACAAUAUAAAAAAUCAACCGUCAUCAUCAUCAUCAUCUGUAUCGCUAAUUGUGGUUACUAGUACAACUGCUACUUCCACAACAUCAAUGACGACUGUUCCACGUAGGAUAAACAACUUAAAUUAUCAUAGGCAAUGUGAAAGACCAACAAGUAUGCUACAUUAUGCCACUUUAGAUUUUGGUCCAAUCGUAUCAGAAACUAAUCAUUACAGAAAUGAAAGUUAUUCUGAUACAGUAGAUUCUAGUACUCAUGAUGUGCAUAAUUCAUAUUCUAGUUCUGGUCAUAUUCAAAGAUGUUGCAUCAUGAAUAAUAACUGUCACAGUAAUCAUGACAACACUACUGAUAAUUAUUGUUCACGUAUUUAUGGGACACUAACCGAUACACUACAUUCACAUAUGAUAGAAUCAUCUUGUCAAAAUCACUACUCAAGACACACAGUAUCAAGUAGUGGUAAUAAUAGUACUACUACUACUACUACUACUACUACUACUACUACUACUACUACCAAUAAUAAUCAAAGCGAUAAUUUUGUAGGCCAUGAAGAAACCGAUUCUGAUUUACCAUCAAAUUAUGUUGCAAUAUGCCAACUACAAACAUUAGCUAUGCGUGCUGUUUUAAGUGCAACCACUUAA